GAUUCGAUUAACAGUGCUGUGGCCGCGCGCGCGCUGUACAGCUUGGAGUUGUUGGUCCGCUGUCCGCUGUUCCCGGUCCUGUUCUGCAGUUCCUACCGUCCGUCGCGCUGAUCGGUCAAGAUGCAUAAGUGGCUGCUUGUCGCUGUGGGGGUUAUCCACGUCCUGACCGCCCCCGGCAUCGCUGCCCCUCAGGAGGAUGUUGACGCCGCUAUCGCCGAAGUAUUCGGCUCCGAGCCUACCGCCUCUGUGCCGCCUUCAGACCAGGACAAUAUGGUCAGCUGCGAAUGUGUUCCCUUCUACAUGUGCAAGAACGAGACAUCUGAGGACUUCUAUGGAGAAGAUGUGAUAGAUAUCAGGUUCGGAGAGUCUGGCUGCACUCAUUAUCUAGAGAAGUGUUGUCCAGUGAGAUCCACACUGCCAGAACCACCACGCACUCCAAAACCGUCACCCGCAGACCUCAGGUGUGGUGUCAGGCAUGACCAGGGAGUCGGCUUCAAGAUCAUUGGCGGGAUGGAGAACGAAGCCAACUACGGCGAGUUUCCCUGGAUGGUAGCUCUGCUGAGGAGGGAUCCGGUGGACGAGAAGGUGUCUCUCAAGGUGAUGGAGUGUGGAGGCUCCAUCAUCCAUCCCCAGGUCAUCCUCACAGGUGCACAUUGCGUCAAGGGGAAAAAGAACCUCAUCGUAAGGGCCGGUGAGUGGGACACAAAGACGGACAAGGAGCAGUACCCCACGCAGGACAGGCUCGUGACGCGGAUAAUACUUCAUGAUCAGUACUACGCAGGAGGACUCCACAACGACGUCGCUCUCCUUCUGCUGGAAUAUCCCCUGGAGCUGAAUCCUGUAGUGGGCACUAUCUGUCUGCCUGUCCAAGAUGAGAAUAUGAACGGUCGUAACUGCACUGUCACCGGCUGGGGAAAGGAUGUCUUCGGCAACAAGGGGAAGUACCAGGAGAUCUUGAAGAGAGUGGAACAGCCUAUCAUCCCUCGAGGUCCGUGCCAGAGUACAUUGCGGAAGACUCGCCUCGGGCCUCGCUUCAAACUUCACAAAAGCCUUCUCUGUGCAGGCGGGCAAAUAGGGAAAGAUGCCUGUAAGGGUGACGGAGGGGGUCCGCUGGCAUGCCCCAGCAUGCAGGAUCCAGACUUGUACGUACAGGCUGGGAUCGUGGCCUGGGGUAUCGGCUGCGGGACCGAAGUUCCAGCUAUCUAUGUCAACGUCGCUCAGUUCCGAACUUGGAUAGACGAUAAGAUCGCCUCUCUUAAUCUCGUCUGAUUUGGAAAUCGUGAUAGAGAUAUUUAUCAACAGUGAACUGCCUGAAGAGGAUGCACAAUAGCUACAGUCCAUCAAAACAUGGCCAAUUGUAACGAUUACUUGUAUCGAUAUACAAUGAAACAUUCAAAUGAGUGUUGAGAAAUUGUAUUUUGGAAGAUUAAUAUGCACUUUUGUCUCGUUGUUCUUGUAACUUGAUCAAAAAGCUUACAGACUUCAAAAUUCUAAUUCCAAGAAAGGCCAGAAUUUAAAAUUUACAAAUGAACUUUUAUUACAAUAAGACAUUUUCUUGUUCAGUAUUAAUUUGGAGUGGGCCUAAAUUUAGUAAUGUUUCCAGUAAGAGUGGGAUGUAAGGUCAUCUAAGAACAUUUGCCACUCCAGAUGAUUUUGUUCGUUAUAUGCUGAGGAUUUUUUAACUGUGUCAAGAUAUAAUUUAUACCAAAGAAACUCUUUAACCGGGAACUCAAUUAUCUGGACUUCAAACCUAUCCAGACCAACAGAAUGUAAUAAAUGUAUAGUUUCUGGGAGAUUUUUCAAUUUCUAGUUACAAUUUGUUAACUGACUUAUUCUUAAUACCUAUUUCAUGGGUAAACUUAAAUUGUGUUCAUUAAUCUUGAUACAAUUAAGUAUAGUUUGAAGUUUCCGUGCUGUCAAAGUGUAUUUAAACUUAGGUAAGACUGAUUUUAAUGUAAUUUAGGUAAUAUAGGAUGCGUAGUUGUAAGCUUUUAGGUUUCCAUUGCAUCUGCUACCCUAAACACGAACAUUCAAAAUUUCAAGUACCCAAUCGUGUCUUUUUUGGGACAACCAUUUACAUCGUACUGCGAUAUCUCUUAAUAAAUGUAUUAUAUUAAAUUAA